UGUGUUUUUAGCCUUUUUUUCUGUGUUUUGUGUCUGCCGCGCCGCCACAAGGAUCCACAUUCCCCAGCAGUGCCUCGGGUAUCCAUGGACGCCCAGAGAGGAGGCCACACGAUGCCCCAGGGUGGAAAAAAUGACGAGGUGGACGGCAGUUCUGGUGGUGGUGCUGGCGGCGGCGGCGGCGGCGGCGGCGGCUGACUCAGAUGUGGAGGCAGCGGCGGAGAGCCCCGAGUCAUACCUUGCCAAGGGCGAGGCGACGGGGCGAACCUUCUCGGAGUGGGGCCAGGCUAUCAUGGAGUGGAUGGGCUUUGACUACGACGACUAUGAUGACUACGACUACAACAACUACGACUAUCAGCUGUACUACCCCGGAAGCGCCUCUGCUCAGGUCGGCUACGGGCUGCCUUCCGUGGGUCACAUUGCGCCGUCCGCGAGUGGUCAGUCCUCCUACAGUAGCUACCAGCCCUACCAGGUGGUGCCGCAUCCCAACCAAUUCAGCUACAAUGCAAGAGAUGACGACGUCGAGGAAUCCAGUUGGUCCUUCGGUGACAUCCUCUUCAACGCCGCCAUCGUCGGAGUCCCUCUCCUCGCGCUGGGUUCCGCUCUGCCCGCAAGUUUUAUGACCGUCGCCAUCAGGAGACGCAGCUUCGACGACGGCUCUGAGAUUGACGCUUCGCUGGACCCCUCCGAGCUGCCUCUUCUUCACGAAAUCUUGGAGGCGCAGGACUUCACCCCCCUCCUGGAGCCCCGGUGCCAGAGGAAGCUGUUCUGCGAGCUGACCAAGAUCGGCGAGAGUGAGAACGCCUCUUUCAUGCAGCGGGCGUUCUACUACGUGGCCACCCUAACGCCGGACCCCAUCGCCCGCCGCGUGGGUCUCGUCAAUGUGUUCAGGGCAGCGAGGAAUGACCAGUGUGAGACUCUGAUCUGCCGCGACCCGCCCCACCUCUCCUCCCUGUCCCCCCCGGCCGCUCACCCCCCCUCCAACCACCUCCCUGAAGACUCCUCCUCCAGUACCUCCGACCCUGACGCCGAGGAGUAGCGGGGAGGAGACGCAGGUUGUGUGACGCACGGAUAGACGCAACGCUACUACUGUCCUCUGGCAACAGUGACUCCUGACUGUUGACUGACUGCUGCCCUUCCUUCUGUGUCCUUGUCUCCGGCCUUUUGGUUGUUAUUUUUUUUAGUUUUCUCUCUGUGCCAUAGUGCCCGCAGGUUCUCCUCCCCCCCUUGCCCCCUCCCCGUGAUGGUUCAGACUAGCGCCAAUACUGCCUGUGUUGACAACCUCCAUCACACCUCAGCGGAGUGGUUUGCUGUGCCGGUUUUAAGUCAAAUUUAACGCAAUCUUCCCUUCCCUUUCCCUCCCCUCCACUUCCCUUCCCUUCCCUUCCCUUCCACUUCCUUCCACUCCCUUACCUUCUCUUCUCUUCCCCUUCCUUUCCCUACCCCUCCUUUCCUCUCCCUUCCCUUCCACUUCCUUACCCUUCCCCUUACUUUCCCUUCCCUUCUCCUCUUCCCCUUCCAUCCCCUCAUCCUUCCUUACCGCUAGGAUUAGACCUGAACCGGCACUGCGUUUGUCUAUUGGCGUGUUGCAAGGGGCAAGAGGCAGGCGAGGGUCGGGCUGUCUGCGGGCUGCGACUCUUUGGACUGUGAUACGCAAGACUAAUCCAUUACAGUUAUUUGAUGGAUUCUUAGACGAGGGCGCCACAGAUGCUUACCAAUGACCAGGCUAACGAUACCUACUCUUAUCCCUUACGUAGCUUAGCACCCCACAGCCUCACAGAAUGACCGCUGAACAUGGACUAACCAACCACCCCCUCCCAUAGACUCAGACUCACAGACAAGCAAGGCUACUUCUGACGCUUUGCUACGGUUGCUCAAUGUUAGGUGAGACACGUGAGGUCGGUAUUCUCAGACGCUUCCGCCCCUCACAUAAACUAUUUCCAAAGGCCGAAGAGGAGAUCGCUUGGGUUCACAUAAUUGUCUCCUUAGGUUCAUGGUGCAGAAGAAGAGUCAGACUACCACCAGGGUCAUAAAAUUUGCCCUUGAAACGCCAAACGCUCCUACGAAAGCCUUGACAAAAUGUGUGUGCCUGGGUGCUGAAAUGUUUGACCCAAAUCUAAUUUACCACCAGGGUCAUAAAAUUACCACUGCAAAUGCCCAUCACUCCCACGAAAGCCUUGUCAAAUAUGAAUGUUUGGGUGCAGAAAUGUUUGACCCUAACCUAACCUACCAUCAAGGUCAUAAAACUAGCCCUGGAAAUGCCCAACACUCCCACGAAAGCCUUGUCAAAAUAUGUGGUAAGACGCUGAAGUGUUUGAGAAUAUGUCCCUCACCCUCCCUCCCUCAUUCCAUCCCCGUGAACCCUAGAGUGGCGCCCAGCCUGACCCACGGGCGGCGGCAGACGACCGACCACACCGACACACACACACAUUGACUGACUGACCCGACCACCAGACUGUGACAUAGCAAGCAGUCCACCUCCCUGUGUGUGUGUGUGUGGUUGGUUCAAAUGCCUCCGUUCCGGGCACCAUGACAAUCAGACUUAGAACUACUACUACUACUAUCCUCCUCUUACCCCUUCUCUUCCUACUACUACUAUUACUCCUCCUCCUACUGCUACUACUACUACUACUACUACUACUACUACUACUACGGGUACUGUUAGGACGCUUAACCAAAGACUAUCGUUAUAACACAGGACAUGCUCAGACACGUACUAGACGAGAAGAUAAUUAAUAUAUUUUUUCACGUUACGUUUAAUUGAUUGAUAUUUCUAGUUACCAUUUUUACCGCUUCUUUUUUUUUUAUUUACCAAAGACUUUUUACGUUGACUCAAGACGUGUAAAGGACCUGAUAGUGAUGAUGAUGAUGAUGAUAAUUAUGAUAGUAAUAAUAAUAAUAAUAAGAAGAAGAAGAAGAAAGAAGAAGUGUUAGACAAAGAAGAAAAUGAAAGACAAUUGAAAAAGAAAGCAAGAAAAAAAGGAGAAAAAAAGAAAGAAAAUGAAGAAGUUUUGAUGAUGAAGAAGAAAAUAUAUAAGACAAUUAAAAAGAAAAGAAAACAAGGAGUAGAAGAAGAAAAAGAAAAUAAUAAUAAUAAAAGUGUCAAACCACAAUUCAAUCAUAAAAAAACGAAAAGAAAAAAAUAUUAUCAUUAUUAUUGUCGUCACUACUACAUGUGACUGACUGACUGACUGACUCUAAGGAAGCUGUGACUUUCUAGUCUUCCCUGUGACUCACUAACUGACUCUUUGACUGACUCAGAGACACGGACUACUACUGUUAUUAAUGUUAUUGUUAUUGUUGUUGUUACUGUUGUUGUUGUUGAUACUUAUUUUUGAUAACCUGAACAAUCAACUUAUCCCGUGAAAAUUAGUACGUAAGGUUUUAUUUAGAUUAAGUGUGACAGACAAGCAGACACACAGACAGACAGACAGAUCCAACAUUGUAACGCUGACUGUCAUUGUUGUUUAUGCUGUUACUGUCAGUUUUUGCUGUCUGUUAGCAUUGGUGUGCUGAUGACAGCCAGACAGACACACAGACAGACAGGUAGAUCCAACACUGUGACGCUGCUGUUUCUGUCUGUUGGUAUUGGUGUGUCGACAGCCACACAGACAGACAGGCAGACAAGUAGAUCCAACACUGUGACGCUGCUGUUUCUGUCUGUUGGUGUUGGUGCCCAGACAGACACACAGAGACACACACACGAGACUUAUUUACUAGGCGAUCACAACACGGACAGACGCAGAACACAGACACGGAGUAAGGAAAGGAAGGCACACACUGUCUUAGAGGAAUUGGUUAUCACAUGCACUCUCAAUCAAAAGGCUUAGGACGGUUAGCACUUUGUCAUUUAUUUAUCUCACAUCACAGAAAAAAAAGGAAGGAGAAAAGAACGAACCAGAAAAUUAAUUGUUUUGUCAAAUUUCAAGAUUGUGUUAAGUGGCUAUUGCCAAGCACUUUGUCAUUCACUUAUUCGCUAUAGUUUUUUUUCCAUCAUACGUUCGGCCACUGUUUCGCAAGUCUUCGUAAUGACCGUCAUUGUGGACGUUGUAGACUUGUCAGCAUUUAUUUAUCUAUUUAUUGAUCUAUUUAUGACUAUUUAUCUAUUUAUUGGAGUGACAAUUCCAUCAGCUUACAUGUUAAGAGGACCCUGAAUGUACCUGACUCACGGUGACUCACCAACGCUCAAAACGGACUCAGUGACUCACCUCAGUGACUGCUCUGACUCACUGACUGACUAAUACAAAAAAAAUCAAACUUCUAGUGACUCAUGAAUGAAUGGUUUUGUAUCCAGACAACUGACUCACACACUGACUAUAGCGUGACUGACUGACUGACUUACUGACUCACUAACCCACACUCAGAGAGGCUCAGUGACUCGCACGAACCACCACUGACUCACUGUGAAGAACCGUACCUGACUGACUCAGUGACUAACAUGACUAACACUCCAUGACUCACGAAGCCUCAGUGACUCAUCAUUGACGACUCACGCUUUGCUCAGUGACUCAGCGGAUCCAUGACUCGACGCGGUGACUCGCUAUAACAGACGAGCUUAACUGACUCACGUGAUAGAGUGACUGAAUGUAUGACUGACUCAACGCCGACUAGUCAACCUCAGGACGUGACUCAGGAACAACUGACUCAACGGACCUGACUUUUUGCUACCUGGGCUGCUGGCGGUCCAGGAUAUUUGGAAUAUUUAUUAUUUUUUGUCUAUUUAUUUUGAUUGUUAUUAACUUGUUUUUCAUUUCGGCAAAAAAAGGAAUUUGUUCA